GGUGAGGACACGCCUCGUGGCGAUCGGCCUGGAACCAUGGAGCAGUGGCCGGAGUAUCCCACAGCCAACCCAGCGGGGGCACCGAAGCAGACUGCACGAGUACCACAGACUUGCACACCAGUCGCACCAGUCCCGCACGGGCAGGGUGCGCCUUGCAUUAACCUUUGCAAUGCGCUUCCGUCGGUGCAUCCAGCACACCCAGCUUUAGGCCCUCCAACUCCUGCCAGACUGGUGUACCCUCCCUACCCUGCCUAUGCAAUGGCCACUCCCUACGCACCUUCACCCCAGAUUCCGCCGGCAAUGCCAUGGGUACCGAUGGAUCAUCUCAUGCAGGCUCAGCAGGCUGUGGCCUUGUCAGCAGCCGCAACUGCAGUCUCCUUGUGUUCGGCUUUGGCCGCUCCUGUGCUGCAGGCAAUGCCUCCUACAAUGCUUCCCUCGCCCAUACUCUUACCACCUCAGCCCUGCAUCCCUAUCCCGAUUAUGCCCACGGCUCCGAAGCCAAUGGAGGCUGCAGAGCAAGCCGAGGAGAGCCAGUUGGAGAAGAGGCAUCGGUCUAGGAGGUCACGUCUUUGGGUACACAUCUACUUGCGAAUGCAGCUGGAGGGCUUCGACCUCGUGCCGCGCCUCAUUGGCCGAAAAGGCUGCAACAUGCGGAGGAUUGCGGAGCAGACUAGCGCCAAAGUACGCAUUCGCGGCCAGGGCAGUGGCCAUUUGGAGAUUGAUGGCAAGUACGAGGCUCCGACGCCACUCAUGAUUGCAGUGACAACUGACCACGCUGACCCUGACAUGUUUAAGCAGGCCGUGCAGAUGACGUUAACCGUGCUCAAGGCGGUGGAAGGAUGCUUUCGGGUCUUCUGCUCUCAGAAAGGCAUUGAGCACGCCGGGCCUUGCUACUGCGUGGGCAUGUUGCAACCGAACGCUCAAGCAGCGCUGGGUUCACUGUUAGAUAAUGUGCCACUGAAUUCGGAGCAUGAGGAAUCUCGCGUUGCACCCGUUACGGAUGGCUGA